AUGGACGAAGUUAAUAGCACAGAAAGUUCACAAGACGUGUCAAAUGCUGAAUCCCCUCUUUGGCAGUAUGUGACUAAGGUAGAAAAACCAGCUGGUGCAUCUGUGAAAUCUAGUGGAAACACAUAUUUUAAGUGCAACUAUUGUGAUAUAGUUUUUAUGGGAUCCUAUUCUAGGGUUAAGGCUCAUUUAUUACAAAUUUCUGGCAAAGGUAUUAGAGCAUGCCGUAAUGUGUCAAAGAGCCAUAGGUUGGAAAUGCAGCGAAUGCAUGAUCAAGUUGAGGCUAAUAAGUUAGAGCAAGAACAGAGAAGUCAUAUUCCCUUACCCCCACCUCCCCCAGGCCGUGGGAUACCUAUUUCCCCAUUUCGGAGACAAGAAGGGAGUGAUAGUAGUCAUAGUACAAAUCCGGUUGAUGCUAAGAGGAGGAAGGUGACUAUGAAUACUACUUUGGAGAAAGCAUUUCAGAAUAAUGCUAGACAUGAUUUAGAUAGUAGAAUUGUUAGGAUGUUUUACACCGGUGGGCUUCCGUUUAACUUUGCAAGGAACCCACAUUAUCGUAGUUCCUAUGCAUUUGCUGCUACUCAAAGCAUUUCGGGUUAUCUUCCUCCUGGAUACAAUGCUUUGAGAACAACACUUUUGCAAAAGGAAAAAGCUCAUGUUGAAAGACUCUUGAAACCAAUUAAGGACUCUUGGCUUGAAAAUGGUGUAAGUAUAGUUUCUGAUGGAUGGUCAGAUCCACAAAGGAGGCCUCUUAUUAAUAUAAUGGCUGUAUCAGAUGGGGGUCCAGUGUUUAUAAAGGCAAUUGAUGGGUCAGGUGAGUUCAAAGAUAAGCAUUACAUUGCUGGGGUGUUAAAGGAUGCUAUAAAAGAGAUUGGACAUGAAAAAGUUGUCCAAGUCAUCACUGAUAAUGCAAAUGUGAUGAAGGCUGCUGGAGCUCUUAUUGAGGGUGAGUAUCCUAAAAUAUUUUGGACACCUUGUGUUGUCCACACUCUCAAUCUAGCUUUGAAGAAUAUUUGUGCAGCAAAAAACACUGAAAAGAAUGAAGUUACAUAUGAGAAAUGUAGUUGUAUUACAUGUGUUGCUGAUGAUGCAUCCUUCAUACGUGUUUUUAUCAUGAACCAUUCUAUGAGGUUGGCAAUGUUUAAUGAAUUUUGUCCAUUAAAAUUGCUCCAAGUUGCUGAUACUAGAUUUGCUUCGGUGGUUGUAACGUUGAAAAGGUUGAAGUUGAUAAAAAGAUGCCUUCAAGCCAUGGCUAUUAGUGACCAAUGGGCUUCUUAUAGGGAGGAUGACAUUGGAAAAGCUCAAAAGGUGAAAGAUAUGAUUCUAAGUGAUCUUUGGUGGGAUAAUAUUGAUUAUAUCCUUGAAUUCACGGCACCCAUUUAUGAUAUGCUACGAAUAGCAGACACAGAUAAGCCUUGUCUUCAUCUUGUGUAUGAGAUGUGGGAUUCCAUGAUAGAGAAGGUGAAAGUAGUGAUAUAUCGGCAUGAAGGCUUGGAAGAGGAUCAAUAUAGCUCAUUUUGGGGUGUGGUGUAUGAUAUACUCAUUGAUCGGUGGACUAAAAAUUCUACACCACUACAUUGUUUGGCUCAUUCCUUAAAUCCUAAGUAUUACUCCAUUGAAUGGAUUUCGGAGAAUCCAAAACGUAUCCCUCCACAUCGGGAUCAUGAAAUUUCUAUGGAAAGAAGCAAGUGUUUGGAGCGAUACUUUGAAGAUGAGAACGACUUAACGGUGGUGAAGUAUGAGUUUGCUAAAUUUUCAGGAGGGAGGCGCAAUGAAGAGUACAUACAUACCGCAACAAAGAUGUGGGAUAUUGCAGGAGACUCUUGGAAUGAGAGCGACAUGCAUGGAGGAGCUGGAAUUCUUGAGAAUGCAGCUCUUACACUUGAUGAGCCAGAGUUGGAGGCUAUAGUUAUUGGGAAUGUUAACACUAGUGCUACUACUAGUGAAAGUGAAGUUCGAAGUGAAGCCAUUGAUCUUGAGGAUGAUGAUAUUUGGGUUUGA